AGUGAAUGAAAACACCUAAUGUAAGUGUCUGUGCAAGAGCGAGUAGCAGGUGCAUUAAGGAUCGGUUUGCGCAGCGUCAAUUUCUGUUGGGAAGGUUAAAAUACGCACAUGGUACAGUUAGUUAGUUUGUUUGCUUAUCCCGUUUGGCAUUCAUUAGCGCUUGCCAAAAACCGUGAGAAUGGGUCUAGGUUGGUUUAGCUACAUUAUUGAGCAGGGCAACAAAAAUGCUCUCGCUUGAAUGUCACAAGAAACAAGAAUUCUGCUUUGGAUGCUAGGCAGUGGUACAGAAAACUACAUAAUAACAGCUAAGAACGUGCUCUUAUUGUUGGCACCAUCAUUAAGCAAUCUGCUAGACGUAAGCUUUGACGACUAUCCGGACCUAGAAGAUAUAUUCAAUCCAAGUGCGGAUAAUUCAACCAUUCCCAAACCAGACAAUAUCACCCUAGAUCUGGCUCAGAUAUUAUUUGGACCGAGUUAUGCCUCGCCAGUACCCAGCUCGACGACAGAACACCAGCCUGUGAUUACUCCCGCUAAGAAUGAAACACAUUCAAGGAAGAAAAGGAUGACUGGCUUGCUGAGACUAUUCGUCGGAGGAACGCAUUCUAAGGAUGACUGAUGACUGGUUAUAUACAUGUGACCGCCUUAUUUAUUUUUUAUUUAUUGUAAAGUAAAAAUAAUUUAUACUCUUGUGGAUUAUUUAUUAUUUGGUGACUUAAUGACUAUUUUCCUUUAUCGUCUAAUGUGAUGUUAGAGAUAAAGUAUGAC